CUAGGUAGAUUGCAUGAUAAAAUCGCAUAAUUUUUUGUGUUAAGAUGAUGGGCGAACGAGACGCACGAUGUCUUUAAUAUUGUUUGUUUAAACAAACCGAGUCCUACCGAGCAGAGUUAUGCGGCGUAAACAGCCGACAGUCGCACGCGCUGCUGUGGUGUAAUGUUUAACCCUUUUGUGCGCACUUUUUCCUUUUCGUUUGCGUUCUAGGUUGAAAAACACACAUCACUUCAAGGGUUUGUGUAAUGUAUAACGAAACUGAAAAACUCAGUUCAGUUCAGGCUCUAUUACGAAACUCGAAUCAAGAACUCGAUCGUUCGAGUGAACACAGUAAGAGAGAAAGCAGAAUACAGCAACAGAGAAGGCAAAAAGAGAAAGCUAUAGCAAAAUGAACUCAAAUGACCGUUCGACUUUCGUAAUAGGGCCCCUGUCUUUUUCUUGAAGGAUUUGUAAACAUUGCUCUUUCCUCCGGGAUACGAAAAUGUCGUGUGUUCUUUUCGGACGUGUGCUUACUUCUCGCAUGAGAAGCGUAAGAAUGUGUAGUGAUCUUCAAAAAGUGUCGAACGAUCCCAAGCGCUCCAUGUUUUAUAUUAACCUUGGAGGCGAUAGCGUGGCGUAUCUUCAGUACGCGAUAGACUCAAAACAAAAUGUUAUCACCUUCCAUCAUACCUUCGUUCCGGACGCUGGAAAGGGGAAAGGUGUUGGCAAGCAGCUUACACAGGCUGCGUUUGAAUAUGCCAUCGCACAGCGGAUGAACAUCAAAUUAGAAUGUGACUUUACAGUGAAAUAUUUUAAAGAUAAUGAAGCAAAUUAUUCAGCAUAUGUACUGAAGUAGACCACAGCAAGAUACCAUGAAAUCGUUUGCAUGGCUAUAUGUACUAGGUAACCGCCGUAUGCAUUUAUUGUAAUUUAAUUUCAAAUAAACUACAAUAUUUGAAAGGUCAGUGGCAAAAUUAAGAAUUGAUCUCAGAAUUCAGAACACGUGCUGUGUCAACAACAGGACGUUUUGGAAUACAAAAUUAAUAAUUGUAUAUUUAUAGGAUGCCCUAGGAUGUCUU